CCCGAUUCUAAAUGAGAGAGCAGAUAGCUUUUUUCUUUCUCCCCACCUUAACGGCCUUCUAAACUUCUGAACCUCCGAUGACGCAUCCUUGAAAAGGAGGAAGUAUGCAUGGAGCGUUAGAGUCGGUCAAUAAGUAUUUCGCCUACCGUCGGUUGCCCUCGUUUGCGCCGGUGACACAAUUGUAAGAUUUCGGGAAGAGAGAAAUGGGUAACAACGAGCCUCUUGUUGAGGCUGCAAGUGCCAGUCCCGAUGUAACGGAUGAACAAGCCACGGGACAGAAGACGCGAUGGCAGAAGUUUCAAGCAAUUAUUUGGGAUGGAGGGGACCGGACCGAAGAGGAGAGAAAACUGGUGCAAACGCUUGAUAUUUUCAUAAUGACAUGGGCAACUUAUGGAUAUUUCAUUCGGUUAUUGGACUCGGGGAAUAUUACGAAUGCUUAUGUUUCUGGAAUGAAAGAAGAUCUUAAUAUCCAUGGAGAUCAGUAUAAUCUACUCACAACUUUCUUUACUUGCGGUUAUCUUGUCGCUCAGAUACCCUCUCAGUUCAUAUUGACGUACAUCCGCCCCUCAUACUAUCUGCCAUCGGUAGAGUUGCUCUGGUCUAUUGCGACUUUCUGUUUUGCUGCUGUUCAGAACACACGUGACGUAUUUGCGCUGCGAUUCAUCGUCGGCAUGCUAGAGGCGCCGUUUGCAGUUGGUGUCAUUACUCUCAUGGGAAGCUGGUAUACGCCUAGAGAACUGUCGAAGCGCAUCGCGAUAUUCUACUCAGCCUGCUAUGCGGCGACUAUGUUCAGCGGCUAUCUCCAAGCUGGAAUCUACCAUGGCAUGGACGGCCAUCUCGGUCUCGCAGGCUGGCGCUGGCUGUUCAUUUUCUGCGGUGUGAUCUCUCUUCCAGGCGCCCUUUACGGGUUCUUUGCCAUACCCGACAAUCCGUACAUCACCAAAGCGAGAUGGUUAAGUGCGGAAAAGCUGGCUCAAGCCAAAGCUCGCAUGGAGAAGCUAGAUCGACGACCUCCAGUCCGGUUGUCCAAGGCAAAGCUCAAGUAUAUCUUUACACAUUGGCCUGUCUAUAUCAUGACUCUUGCGUUGAUAUUCCAUUGCAUCGCCACCCAGCCACUCAACUACUUUGCCGUAUGGCUCAAUUCCCUGGAUAGAUUCUCUGUCUACCAGGUCAACCUCUUCCCAACUGCCGCUCAGGCUCUAGCCCUCGUUACUACCCUUACCUAUAGCUGGCUCUCAGAUGGCCUUGGAGGGAAACGAUGGCAACUUAUGACGAUUCCUGCGACUCUUAAUUUCAUCGGGAUGGUCAUAGUAGCCAUUGGACCGAACUAUGGCGCCACGUUCUUUGGCUACAUGAUCAAUGGAGCUUCCUGGGGAUACUGGCCGUUGCUUUUCGCCUGGGCCAAUGAGUUCUGUCAUAAAGAUGCCGAAGAGCGCGCCAUCGUCAUCGGCGUGGCCCAGACAAUGGGUCAGGUAUUUAUCGCGUGGUUACCAGUUGUCAUCCUCAACGUGGGCAAAUACGCACCCAAAUUCACCAUGGGAUUCAGCGUCAUGUGCGGUUUCAGCGCAUGCGAAUUCGGAAUCAUUUUCGUUCUGCGAUAUUUCGCGAAUCGAGAAGCAGAGCUUGAUCGACAAGAAGAGGAAAAGAGACUCUCUUCUCAUGCUACUGCGGCUUCUACUGCUGCUAGUUAUGCUCGGGACGAGGAAGAAAGAGGUAUCACUCAUGUUGGUGAUAUCCCACCGCGGUUGUCACUGAAGGAUCUUGAUCAGGAGGUGUUGGAGGUUAAGUAAUGGAAUAUAGGAUAUAGUAUAGGAUGCUGGGUAAUGUGGAGGACGUAUCUAUACAUGGAUGAUACCAAAAAGAGGGGGCAUGAUGGUUAUGGCUACGGUCUUAUCAGAUUAUUUUAGACAAUAUAUAUUACUCCUUCGGAAUUCGCUCAGAUAUUCUUGAGGCUCUCUGGAGACAAGCAAGAUGGAUACAGCUUUAUGGUAAUUUCCCCAACCCUGAAAGCUCCCUUCCUGCUUGCUAUUAUGCUUGGCUGUUACGCACCAUGUGAAAACAUCCCUGCGAUGAA